AUGAUUUCUUUUGUUUCUGAUGACAAAACCUAUAUUCAAAACAAUGUAUUUACCUCUGAAGAACUUGAAGAAAUUCGUAAUAUGAAAACAAAAGACCUUCCUAAGAUGCUGACUGAAUUAUUAAAGUAUCUUGGCUCUUCUCAAAAGAAUGUCCACAAUUUAUUAUUAGAAUAUGAGUCUGAUGAGUCUUUUAACGAGUUAGAUGAGGUAGAUGUUUCCAGAGGUGAAUCAUAUAGCCUUGCUUUCUCAAAACAUAAAAAUAAUAAAAGAAUAAUUCAAGGAUUAGUCAUAACAACACGAAAAGCUUUUGGAAGAAGAGGUGAUUUAAUUCUAAGAAAAGAAAUACGUGAGUAUAGUACUUUUGAGGUUGGAAAAGACUAUGAGAGUGUCAACAGGACGAAAUUACUUAAAGAAAGAGAACUAAAAAGUCUGAAGCUUAAAGACAUGCUUUUUAUGAUUUUAUUGCGUAUGGAUGUUUCUGCUGAUUAUGUGUGUAAAAUAACAAGAUCAGAUACUUUACAAAUACCAACUAAUGCGAUUAUCCGUAAAACAAUUGAUAUUGUUGAAGGAACAAAUGACAAUGAUAAUGAAGAUGAUGCGUUAGAAGAUUUGCAAGAGGCUGGCAUCCCAAUUUUGUAG